GACGAGGAGAUGAAUAAGCAAGUCAAACCGUCUCUGCUUCGUUUGCAAGGCACAGAACACAAAUUUGGUUGUGUUCCUUCCUUUCCCCCUUCCCCUCCUCCUUUUGGCAAGCGCCAGCAAGCAGCAACCACAGCCUCAGCAAAACAAGGACCAACCAACGAGCCAGAAAGACAGCAUACAGGAUAAAACAUACUGGACACAGCGUUUCAGAGCCACUCAGCCAUGUCAACAGGAUGCCACCAGAGACAAGACGCUGCGGAGCCUGCGUUCGUCGAGAGCACGCCAUCAUACUCGGACAUUCAACACCACCUCCAUGACAAUGGAGCCGCAGCAGGCCAUGACCAACUCCACAGUGAUCAUCCGCCCAGCCGGGACCAUGAGCCGCCGUAUUCUGCGUUUCGGUUUAUGAGCACCCAGGAUGUGGUUGCCGUGUCGCAGCAGCUCUAUUCUCACACCACAUCCUUGGGUCUGACUGCCACCCUGGAGCUGGAAUCGGAUACCGUCGAGAUCUACGACAGCUCCAACGAUGGCUUUCAGUAUUCAUUGAAGGGAACCGUGGAACUUGAUUGGAUUGCCGACUCGGAACUGUUGCUCAAGGAUGCCAGGAUAGACUUUAUGGGAUACGCGGACACAGCAGUACUGCGCUACGAGGCCGGAGCAGGAGGAGCAACAGAGACGCCUGUUCACCAUACGCAUGAUUAUAUCCCAACCCCUAUGAUUCUCGGGUCCGCUCCACCUACACCGUCAUCAUUCGCGCCAGUCAAACCAAUAGGAAAAUAUCACGACUCGUUACCAAUUGAUCUAACACUACCAGGACAUUUGCCAGACAGUACGGAUUUGGCGAUCGGCAAGAUUCGAUAUGAGCUUCAGAUCAGCCUUGAGCUGACGUUUGCACAGGGGACCAGUACCUCAGUUACGGAGCAGUUCAUCUUGCGACGACCCGUUCUAAUCCAUCGGAUUGUAUACCCCUCGGUUCAUUUGCAGCCAAGACUGGCCAUGGGCUUGGACAGUGGCGGGGUCGAGAUUCAAAUCAAAGUGCCGCGGUUGCUGCACUGCGAAAACACACUCUUGGCAGUGGAGUUAUAUGCCAAGCCGAGGACUCGAAACGUGAGGCUGCGCAAGGCCAAAAUUGUGUUUGAGCAGAUUGAGACGGAUCGAUACCAGCGGACAUCAUCUCUCGCGGCUGUUCCUAGGGCGGUUGUACCUCUCGCCACCUCAGCGCACUCGUCAGCGGUUUCACCACGAUCUCAGCAUGCAUCUCUUCCAACUCCUUACUCAGCUGGACCUCCCCCAGCACCGCGUCUUUUAACCCGGGCGAUCGCACAACCGCUUGAGGUCUAUUUCGAGGAACCGACUGAGGAAUUACAGAGGCAGACGCUGAACCUGCAGCUGGUACUUUCGCCCGAUUUCUGUGUUGAUGUGCAGAGUAACUGGCUGCAGGUCAGUCAUGCGUUAAGGGUCGAGAUUGAGUACACAACCGACGAAGAUACCUAUGCGAUUGCGCCGCCAUCGUCAAUACCGCCGCUGUCUGUCCUAGGAUCAGACUUACCAAAGGCAUUGGAGGAACAGGGCCCAGUAGGGCAGGAAAUGGUUGCAGGAGCAGCACCAAGUGCAGCACCAGAGGGGAGGCAAGAGGAACAGGAUGCUGCAUUUCAAGGAGAUCAGAAGCAGGAGCCGACACUAUGGGAUCAGGAAGGUGACACGAUAGAGAUAGAAAUCAUUGGGGAGGACGAAGAAGCGACUGGUAUGGACCUAGAGGACAAGCGGCCCAGAUAUGUCGCGGACGAGAAAGGGACUCUGCAGGAUGGGGAAGGCAGUGGGUCGUCGACGGUUGCGAGUCGCCAUCAUUUGCAGAGAGAUGAAUCAAGUCGGCUCUUGGAGGAGAUGGCACCACCGUUGUCGGAACAAUUGAAGGAUGUAUCUCAGCUGUCGACGCCUACAUUCGAAUCGGAGCCUUCAGCGUACGGGUGCUCGGUUGCAACAGAGGAAAUCCCUGUGCGAGUGGUGCGAGUGGUGUCGACGGCACUGGUGGAUGCAUCGACGCUAGCACAGGCAGCGGGCGAGACGGAGGCGGGACUGCCGACGUACGAGAGUGUGAUUGAGGCGACAGGUCUACCUGCGUAUGCGGAAGAGAAGCUGGAGGACGACCAUGGGGAGGCAGAGGCAAGUGGGACGGCGAUGGGAGUCUUGGGCGGAGCAGCUAGAAGACUAGAAGGCGAAGACGCCGAAGUAGAGCGGCGAUAAAAAAUAAAAAAAGAUAAAAAAAGAUAAAAAAAAAAGCGCGCUUUCAAUUCCGCGAUGACUUUCUAGACUCUGUACGUUGCAUGUUGAAUAGAUAGGACAGAUCUUCGUGAGGUCGACGGUAAUAUCCAUGGCGACUACUGCCGUAGUCUAGUCGAUCCUCAAAGGAGGACCCAUUGAGCCAUUGGACCCAUUGAGGGUGUAAGAGGAGUCCAAAAGGGAAUGUCGCCAUGAAGAGAAGAAGCACGUCUUUUGUCGCUUUGUAGCUUUUGCUUAAUUUCCUUCUGUGAAAGCGUGGGAGCCACUGAGUCUUAUUUUGUCUUUUUUUUUGUUCGGCGAC